GGGAGGAGGCGAGCCAAGAUGGAGGGCGAGGCUGGGAGCGCGGUCGCUCCGCUGGGAGCCGCUGGGGGAGAGCGGCGGGUGCUUGCUCCUGGCCUCUCCCGGUUCUCACCCCCUCCCAAGUUAGCCGCUACCUGGUGGCUGGGAGGAGCCUGGCCCGCUGCCCUUGCUCCCUCCGCGUCCCUCCAGCGGCGGCUGGGAGCGAGGCGGGGAGGGGGCCGGGGCCCGGGCCCGGGCCCGGCCCCGGCGCCCGGCUGAGGAGAGGCCGCGGCGGCGGUGGCGGCCUGGGCUUUCUUCACGGCCCUGCCCCUCCGCCCGCCUCGGCGCCUCCAGCGCUGAUCCUCGGGGGCCUGAGGCUUCGGGGGCCAGAAGAACUCGUGUCGGGUUGGAAAGCGCAGUGACGAGGGCCAGAGACUAACUAGAUCUUACGAGCUGAGAUACUGGGUGGCUCAUUACUUUGGAAAUUUGUCUUCCAUUUAGCGUCAUCUGUCCAUGCCUACAUGCAUCAUGACAGGAGAGGCUGAGAAGGGCAGCUCUAGGGGAUUUAGUUCUAGCAGCAGCAGCACAUGAUCUGUCAAUCGCGUGAUUCUUACCACUGAGGACUAUUGGGGAGGGCAAAGAAAAAGCCAACAGCGCCUUGUGGAAACAACAGUAGCUUCUUCUGCCCUUGGGCCUCCCCCACCAGCUGGACUCUUCAUGGCUUCUCCCAGGUUGGAAACCUACUGCUGCCCUAACCGAGAUGCAGCCACGCAGCUAGUGAUGACCUUCCAGCCCAAAGCCUUCUGUGGAGUCUGCAUUGGCAGCGCCUCCGUCAGUCUGCUGCUGACCAUCCUGCAGCUCCUGCCGAAGAAGGGACAGAGCCCACGGAAGAUGCCCAAGGCCUCCUCCUCCUCCACCAUCCUUCUCCUUAUCUCUGCUUGUGACAUCCUUGGUGGCUUAGGUAUGAUCUUCAGAUCAAGUGUAUGGUUAGGCUUUCCAGGCUUCAUAGCUAACAUUUCUGUGGUGAAUGGGACCGACAUAUGGCCUUCUGCUUUCUGUGUGGGAAGCGCGAUGUGGAUCCAGCUAUUAUAUAGUGCUGGCUUCUGGUGGUUAUUUUGCUAUGCUGUUGAUUCUUACUUGGUGGUAAGAAGAUCAGCUGGACUGAGUACAAUUGUCCUGUACCACAUGAUGACAUGGGGCCUAGCAGUUUUGCUCUGUGUGGAGGGAGUUGCACUGCUUUACUACCCAUCUCUCUCCAGUUGUGAAAAUGGCCUGGAGCAUGCAAUUCCGCAUUACAUCACAACCUAUACCCCGCUCCUGCUAGUGCUGGUGGUCAACCCAAUCCUGUUUAGAAGGACAGUAUCAGCAGUGGGACUGAGAGAAGAAAGAAGACAUAGCGGAAUACCACCAAUUUUAGGAAUUCAUAAUAGAUACGUUGCCUCCUUACUGAAAGGGAGACAAGGAAUUUACACAGAGAAUGAAAGACGCCUGGGAACAGAGAUCCAGAUCCGCUUUUUCAAAAUCAUGCUGGUAUUCAUUAUCUGCUGGUCAUCCAAUAUCGUCAACGAGAUCCUUUUGUUCUAUCUUGAAAUGCAGCCAGAUAUUAAUGAAAUACCCCUGAAAAAUAUUAGAAGUGCUGCUCUGAUCACAUGGAUUAUAAUGGGCGUUCUUAAUCCGAUGCAAGGCUUCCUCUUCACGUUAGCUUUCUACGGCUGGACAGGAUGGAGAGUGGACCUGAAAUGGCAAAAGAGAGAAAUACGGUGGGAAUCAAUGUCCUCAUCAACCGUGGGUGAAAAUGCCUAUCCCUCGCCAGUGAACUACCAAAGCAACGUUCAUGAUUCAAAGAAGAUAUUGACAACUGACAGCCAGCAGACUGAUGAAGCUAUAAGCAUGUUGUCUGAAGGUUCUGAUGCUAGUACAAUUGAAAUCUACCUCUCAAGUGAUAUAUAUGACUUAAAUGGUAAUGAGGCUGAUGUUGAAUAACUGGAAAGCUGUGAAAGGCAUGAGCGGGUGAGCUGAAGACACAAAGUCUCAAGGAUCUGAGAACUGUUUCUCUGUUUCUGAUGCAUUUGCCUUCCUUCAGGGACUGGGGAGGUGGGACACUUAAAUUCCUGUACUGCUACUGCUGCUGCUGCUGCCACAAAGCCUGUCCCACUCUUUCCCAUCCGAGUGCUUCUACUGUGCUUAUAAAAUUAAAUCGUCACUGGACCAAAAGUGGGGGAGGGGAGAAAAAGCAAGAGAUGCUGACCUUACAGCCCAGCAGCAGGAGAUGCACAUUCAACUCUAUGCUCUGCUUAUUUUUACAGCAUGGUGUGAUGAUGCCCGUGGGUGCUCAGCCACCCGCAGAGCCGUGGCCCCGGGAUCAGGGCUCCUGCCCGCGUAGGGUGCCAAGACCCAUCCAGGUGCCGCCUGUGCCUGGCAAUUGCGCCUAUUAGCAGAACUGUCUAAUCACUAGGCUGGUGGCUAUGUGGCUGUAAAACUUUUUUUUUUUUUUUUUUUUUUUUUGUGGCACCUGUGACAGGUAUUAGUUUUAUUGGCACAGAAUGGAAAAAAUGUUGAAAUUGCAGAAACAUUUCAUUUCCUUCCCUUUUCUACAUGCUGGCUCCAUGUUACACACUCUUAGGCUUCCUUGUUAGGCAAGAUUGGCGUGUAACUUCUUUUUGCAGUAUUAAUUAUACCAAAUUUAGGCUUCAGUCUUCAUGUGAUAAGCAAAUGGGUAACCCUCACAUUAUAUGGAGAUAAGAAUUACAAGGCUUGGUGUAGGUGUAACACUCUCAUUCUCAUGAUGUACUCAUCGUCCCUACACUUACACUCACCUGUAAACUUAACUGAGCUUCAGCACAUCGAUACUUCAUGUACAAAACAAGGUAAAUGAGAUAAGGCACAUACAUUUCGUUAAUACUGAUGGGUUAAAUUAUGUCUUUUCAUGGUGGAAAAAAAGAAUUAAUUCAAAGUUCUGCUUUACUGUAUACAGUAUAACUUGUAUAGUAGUGUCCCUGGGGACACUAGUUAUAGUUCAGCAUAUUGACUGUAGUUUUUUGUACUUGUUGUCCUGGUACUUUUCACUAAAGAGAUCUGUUGCAUAUCUUGCAU